CUCCCGGCAGUCUCGCGGUGACGGCGCCGAUCAGCGACUGAGGAGAAAGGAUUUGCAAAUGGAGGCAGCGGAGACGUUCUCCCUCUGAACGAGAAAAGGUGCAUCUGACCAUGUCUGAAUCACUGUAUGAGAAGUUUUUGGCCCCAGAGGAGCCGUUCCCUCUCCUCUCCCAAAGAGCCAACCUCAGUGAUGUGGGAACCCUGGACGUCAGUGACUUUGGCUGUCAGCUCUCAUCUUGUCACAGAACAGAUCCUCUACACCGCUUCAACAGUAACAGAUGGAACCUCACUUCCCGUGGAACAAGUGUUGCCAGCUCAGAGUGCAGUGAGGAGCUCUUCUCCUCUGUGUCUGUGGGGGACCAGGAGGACUGCUAUUCCCUUCUAGAUGACCAGGAACUAACAUCGCUGGACUUGUUUCCAGAGGGCAGUGUUUGCAGCGACGUCUCCUCCUCCAUCAGCACCUAUUGGGACUGGUCUGACAGCGAGUUUGAGUGGCAGUUGCCAGGAAGUGACAUUGCCAGUGGCAGUGAUGUCCUCUCUGACAUCAUCCCAAGUGUGCCAAGUUCCCCUUGUUUGUUUUCCAAGAGAAAGCCGAAGUCCCACCCUCAUCGCAACCUGGAUGAACUACCUUGGAGUGCCAUGACCAACGAUGAACAGGUGGAGUACAUCGAGUACCUGAGUCGGAAGGUCAGCACAGAGAUGGGCCUCAGAGAACAGCUGGACAUCAUCAAAAUCAUCGACCCAUGCGCUCAGAUCUCUCCCACCGACAGCGAGUUCAUCAUCGAGCUCAACUGUCUCACAGACGAGAAACUCAAACAGGUGCGUAACUACAUCAGAGAGCACAGCCCCAGGCAGCGGGCCAGUAGCACCAGAGAGGGCUGGAAGAGGAGCAGUCACAGCAGCGCCAGCACCGGCGGCGUCAGCGGAGCCAGCAGCAGUAAUGCCAGCAUGGUCAGCUCCACCAGCUCCUCCACUUGCUCCACAGCCUCCAACUCUGUAGCAGGUGGUACAGCCUCAGCCUGUAGUGGAAGCAGUGUUGCCAACAUCAGCAGAGCUCACAGUGAUGGAAACCUCUCCAGUGCUGCAGAACGUAUACGAGACUCUAAAAAACGUUCAAAGCAGCGUAAGCUCCAGCAGAAAGCCCUCCGCAAGCGGCAGCUGAAAGAGCAGCGACAGGCCCGCAAGGAGCGCCUCAGCGGACUCUUUCUGAACGAGGAGGUGCUGUCACUACGGGUGACAGAGGAGGACGACCGUGCCGACGACCUGGACAUACUGAUGUGACAGCAGUGAAUCAGUCAGUGCUCCCUCUAUGCCUGCUCUCUCAACGCCCAGCCACUGCCAUAGAGCUCAGAGACCACGCUAUAUCCCCAUCACUGCACGCAUUAGCUUUGAGUAGGCUAUCAUAAUACAGUUUUUGUUAAAAGUAAUAGCUUUUAGUAGCCUUUUUGCAUAGCUUGACAUAUUGCUUACUUAUACUAGUGUUACGUGCUAGAGCUGUAACUGCUAGCUUCUGCGAGAACUACUAAGGUAGGUACAGUAAUAAUGCGAAUGCUUUGAUUAGAUAUUGACCUCAGUCUAACCUGCUUAUAACCAGUGCUAAUGUUGAAACAGCCUCGACACUCACAGAUACACAGAGCUAUACAUUACAGUUAUUUCAGCUUAAUACAACAUGAGGAAUUGCUUAUAGAUGCCGAGCCAGCUUUUAUCCACCGCUACUAAUACAGCCACCGCUCACAGUGGGACAGAUCAGGCAAGAGAAGCAGAGUUUGGCCCGAAAAGUUUACUUUUUCAGGAACUUUGGUUAUUUUGUUUUGGUUUUAUUUUAGCCAAAACUGUUUGUAGUGAUCUUCAUCUGUAUCAGCCAAACUCUGCUCAUCUGUAUCUCUAGUUGAAUCCACUGAAUGUCAGGUUAUAGCGGCAAAGACAUGAGGAAAUACAACUGUUUAUACACAGUGUCUUUAAAAUGAUGAAGUAAAAAAAGAACAACCUCCAAAUCUUCCAAAUAGACUGGAGAUUACGAGUUUUUCUUUGUGAUGUGGAAAUGGAAGUGAGCUGGUCUGUCUUUCUACCUGCUGAGUGUUGUGGUUCCAUUUCACUCUCAAGGCUUAGAGGGAGCACUGAAACACUGCAUGUUUAAAUCGUCCCCAUACCGUGUGGUCCAGUAACUAACAACUUGCAUCACUUAUUUGCAUACCCCUGUUUAAAAAAUGGCUUACCUGUAUUGUAAAUAAAUGAUAAAUGACGGCUUAUUUA